CUUCUCUCGCUCCAAAAUGCUCUCCAUCCACGCUGUGCGAUCGCUCGGCAUCCGCGCCGCAUCCACGAGCGCCACCGCCGCCGCCGCUGCGCUGACUGCCCCUGCAUCCAAGGCGAGCCUUGAAGUUCACACCAUCAGCGCGCCCGGCGCCGUGGCGACCGUCGACGCGAGCAAGACUGCUGCCGUCCACCGCCGUGCUUUCGAGACGACCAGCGCUCAAGCUCAAGCCAAGCCCAAGCCCCUGGAUGUGACGACCGUGUCUGGCGUCCCUGCUGAGCACAUCAACCGCAACGUGCGACUCUACAUCCCAGCACGCACCGCAAUGCAAUCCGGCACCAACGCCAGCCGCAAGUGGCGCCUGGAUUUCGAGGUUCCUGAACGAUGGGAAAACCCACUGAUGGGCUGGGCAUCGUCUGGCGAUCCUCUGCAGGCCCUCGAUCUCGAGUUUGACACACUCGAGGCAGCAAUUGCGUUUGCCGAGAAGAACGGCUGGGGUUAUUCUGUUGAUGAAAAGAUUCCUCCAGUGCGUCGCAUCAAGUCGUAUGGUGCCAACUUUUCGUGGUCCAAGCGCACGCGAGUGUCCACCAAGUGAUUUGGACAUGUUCAAGGGGGCGCGGCGUCUCGUCCUUUUUCUCAAACAAUGCCAAGCAACUAUUGGACACGACGGUUGUUUGUUGUUGUUGUUGUUGUUGUUUUCUUCUCGCCCAAAUGGUCUUGCCAGCCUCGUUUCGUGAUUCUCGGCUUGUGUUGGUGUGUCAAUGAUUGCUUGUGUGUCGACUUUUUUGAAUGUCGUGUUAUCUCUGUCAAUGUGAAUGUUUUCUUGCUCCA